GAGUCACAUAACUAUGACCAGAGACAGUGGAUGAAAUCUUAACAAUAGGAGUUUUCUUUAGUAUACCCAGUUACAAGUUUCGCAAUAGGUGUUCAACAAUGUCAUCGGAAAAAUGUUAUUUAUUGCGAAUAGGUAACUUAAAGCAAGCAGAACAGUGCAGCGUAAUAUAUGUUUUCUAAGGUUUCGUACAAAAAGGAUGCCUCAUUUGCAUAUAAUUACUGUUACCCUAUACUGCGGAAUUGAAUGUGAAUCGCACAGCAAACUUAAACAGGUUGUGUGAACAGUAAAAAUCGAAGCCCUUUGGAUAUAUUAAUUUCGAAAAAAAACACAAAACUCGCACAGUUAGAAAAAAAAGUUGAGGCACCUAUAUAGAGAGUAUUUCUAAUGGCGACAAGGUUAUUUGAGUCGUUACACACAACUGCUAUAUAGUUAUGCAUCAUACAUUUUUUAACUUUAUUAUAACGAGGAACCAAGACAACAAGAUCUUAUAAGCAAGUAAAAUUUUAAAAGUUUGGUUUUAAUGCAUUCACAGAACAGAAUUCGUAAGAAUUAAAAGGCUAAUGGUUUCAGACAGUCAGUAUAUCGUCAGUUCAUUACAUUUCAUUAAAAGGCAACUAGCGUAGAACACAUUGAGGAAAAAUCUCCUUUUAAACCAGUAUUAUAAAGUAACUUAAUUACAAAUUGUCUAGUAUCAACGUUAGCAUGAACAAUGAUGUUGCUGCACUCGUAGUCGACAAUGGAUCCGGUAUGUGCAGGGCCGGUUUCGCCGGAGACGACGCACCACGUGCCGUCUUCCCAACCAUCGUAGGACGACCCCAUCGCCAGGGCGUCGUAGUUGAUAAGGGAUACAAAGACACUUACUUCGGAGACGAAGCCCAGAGCAAAAGAGAUAGCCUUUUUUUAAAAUACCCAAUUGAGCACGGUAUCGUAACCAACUGGGACGACAUGGAAAAGAUCUGGCAUCACACUUUCUACAACGAACUCCGUGUCGCAGUAGAAGAGCACCCAGUUUUCUUUACUGAGGCCCCACUUAACCCAAAAAUUAACCGUGAAAAGAUGACCCAAAUUAUGUUCGAAACCUUUAACACCUCCGCUAUGUACGUCGCCAUCCAGGCUGAGCUUUCAUUGUACGCUUCUGGUCGUACCACCGGUAUCGUGUUCGGCAGUGGUGAUGGUGUUUCCCACACCGUCCCAAUCUACGAGGGUUACGCCCUUCCCCACGCCACCCGUCGUCUCGAUUUGGCCGGACGAGAUCUUACCGGUUAUUUAAUGGGGAUCUUGACCGAGAUAGGUUAUUACUUCACCACAACUGCCGAGCGUGAAAUCGUUCGUGACAUCAAGGAAAAACUUUGCUAUGUUGCUCUUGACUUCGAGAAAGAAAUGCAAAUCGCUGCCAGCAGCAGCUCACUCGAAAAUAGCUACGAACUUCCUGACGGACAGGUUAUUACCAUUGGCAAUGAGCGAUUCCGUUGCCCAGAGGCCCUCUUCCAACCAGCCCUCCUUGGUAUGGAAUAUGCUGGUAUCCACGAGACCACCUACAACUCCAUUAUGAAGUGCGAUGUUGACAUCCGUAAGGACUUGUACGCCAACACAGUUCUCUCUGGAGGUUCCACUAUGUUCCCUGCAAUCGUCGACAGAAUGCAAAAGGAGAUUACUGGUCUUGCACCACCAACCAUGAAGAUUAAGAUCAUUGCCCCACCAGAGAGGGAAUACUCUGUCUGGAUUGGAGGAUCCAUCCUUGCUUCACUCUCCACCUUCCAACAGAUGUGGAUCAGCAAACAAGAAUACGACGAGUCUGGCUCUUCUAUUGUCUACCGCAAAUGCUUCUCAAUGCAAUAUUCGUAA